AUGGGAAAAAAAAUGAUUUUUAAGAAGUUCGUUCAUUUGCUAACCUUUUUUUUUUUACUAGGUGCUGGGUUGUUAACGUUCAUUGUCGUCUUGUCUGGCGCACGUAGUACUGGCACUUUAACUAGGUUUUAUUGGUUGGAAGCAGAUACUUCUGGUUUUAAUUCAGCUCCAAACACGACUAGAUGGUAUAACUAUGAGUUCUGUGGUUGGGACGGUCAUCGCACUAGCAACUGCUCUUCUAAAGGUGCAGCCAAACCCUUUUCACCAAAAGAUAACUUUGGCCCAAGUGAUAACAUGCCUAGAACCUUUUUGGAUAAUAGGAAUGCUUAUUACUAUUUAUCGAGAAUCGGGUGGUCAUUCCUAUUGGUAAGUUUAUUUUUUAUUGUUACAGCUAUAAUUCCUCAAAUUAUUAAUAUCUUCAAAGUUAUCCCAGGAAUUGCUAUUUGGUCCACUGUUAGUUGUUGGUUUGCUAUGUUCUUCAUGACAUUGACAUCAUGUUUGUAUACCGGUUGUUAUGUUAAAGCAAGACAGGCAUUCAACCGUAGAGACCGCAGAGCUAAAUUAGGAGCUAAAAAUUUUGCCUUCAUUUGGACAUCGACAUUUUUGUUGAUGGUGAAUUCUGUUUGGGAAACAGCAACUGUUGUCCUAAGUAAGAAAAGCAAAUACGAUCGUUAUCCUGAAACUCCGACAUUUAACUCUGUCUCCGGUGAUGUUAGUCACCUUGAAACUUCAGGUGGGUAUGUUAAUAAUCCAGAAGUAGCCAAGUCAUUGCCAACACAAAAGAAGAAACUAUUUAACAAAUUGAGAACAAAUAAUGGUCGUCCACCAGAAAAUGCUCCAAAAGCAGAAGAGAUUCCUCAAAAUGUGCAAAAUGACAGGUGA